UAGAGGAGACAUACCAGAUGUUUCUGACAAUGUUCGACCUCACUUUCGUAUCAAUAUGAGUAAGAGUAACAAGGUCAGUUUGAAAGACCUCGUUCCAAAAUGGAUCCUUCAACUUCUGCUCAACUUAUCCAUGCUAUCAUUGGGAGUCAUGACUUGCAUCAAAGGCCCAGCUUUGCUCACCUUACAAUCCAAAUAUGAUACCAGUAUUGAAACCAUCUCAUUAAUGUUUUUACUGACCAGUAUAGGAGGCCUUUUCGGGGUUGGAAUAUGGACUAUACUACUCGAUUUCAUUCCGGACUGGAGGUUGUUCAUUUUUGCCGCCAAUGUACUGUUCUCUGGUGUCAGUUCAGCCUUGAUUCCCCAAGGCAACCAUAUCAGCAGCCUUUUAGUGGUGAGCGCCUGGAAUGGAAUUCACUCCGGAGUUAUCCAUGCAGGAGUAAAUGUCCUUUGUAUGGAGCUUUGGCGAGGCUUAAAUUGUGGGCCUUACAUGCACAGUAUUCACUUGUCAUUUUCUAUCGGAGGAUUCAUUGGACCAUUGUUGAGCAAGCCCUUCAUCAGUAAUUCGAUCUAUGGAUCUCCCAUGGAACUCCUCUUUGGAUUAGCGUCCAUCCCAAUGGUUACUAUUGGUAUAUCGCUCUUCAUCUACGCCAUCGCCCGAAGAGACCAUUUUAUCACCAGAAAACCCAUAAACCAUCAUGAGGAAUCCGACAAAGUCGAACGCCAAAGCCAGCUUGGAAUCGAAUCCAUCCUCUUGAUCGCCCUUAUGUUUGUCUUCUUCAUAAUCCAUGUCGUGGUGGAAUUCUCGAACUUCAGCUACAUGCCAACUAUGGCCGUCAAGUUAGAUCUACACUUGAGUGAAAGGGAAGGAGCCAAUAUAUUGGCCUUUUUCAUGGCUGGCUUCUCUUGUGCCAGAGGUCUGGCCAUUCCUCUAGCAGUGAAGGUGUCACCUAAAUAUCUACUUAUAGUCAAUCUCACCUUGAUCCUAAUUGGAUCGAUCCUUCUCGUCGUUUUGGGACAAAGCGAGAAGUGGGUCCUGGAAGUGGGCUAUACUCUGAGCGGCCUUGGCAUGGGAUCAAUGUUCGUCAACUCUUGGGUGUGGCUUGAACAAUACCUUACGGUUGGUUAUAGGGUGGCUAAUACCUUCAACAUUGGAUGUGGGAUUGCCACAGUUGUUAGUCCACUGUUUAUUGGCAACCUUGUUAAUGAUUUCCCAAUGACUCUCAUUUAUACCCAACUGACUGCGGCCAUUGCCGCUUCCUUCAUUUUCUCUUUCGGCACUUAUUUGGGAUCCAAAAUCCUGCAAAAACGCUCUGCACUAAAGGUCGAAGACUCAGCCACGGUUCUUGCUAUCAAGAUUGAGACUUCUUUGGGACUUUAAAUGUGUAAACUAGUCACAAGAAAUACAAAUGCAAUGAAAAGAGAUGA